CUGGCUGGACCGCGGGGCGCGGGGGACUAUUUUUCCACGACUUCUAGCACAGCUGUUUGUACUACAUUUUUCAUUGCAGGUGGCAGCACUUUACCAAGCGGGAAUAUUUGAAAAAAAGGAAUUUCUGUAGUGUUUUACUAGUGAAACACAUCAUACUCCGAUGAAAGCUGCUUUACAAAAAGUAUCGCCAAGAGCACAAAAAGGAGAAGAGAUAUAUACAAUCUGGAUCGGCAGUUCCUGAAAAUAAGCCACUCACUUGGAAAUAUUACGAUAUGAUGGGUUUCCUUGAGCAACAUAUUGAACACAGAAAGACAGUAAGCAAUUUCAAACUAAGUGGAGAUGAUGAUUGGGAGAUCUACGAAUCUGAUGAUGUUAAUGAUCAUAUUGAACAUGGCGACGACCAACAGUACGUACAUGAGACAUCAGCGCAUGAAAUAAAUGUUAAUGCUACUAAUGAUAGUGUAGGUAACACUGAAAAUGUCAGACCCGAAUACGAUUACGGCAAUGAUUAUAUAUGCUUAUUUUUCGUGACGUUUGGCAAAAAAUUCCAGAAUAACAUCGUCAAAACUGCUUCUUUAAGUUAAGAAAAAUGAUUCGCAACAAGAAACAAGGGCUUCCCGUACACGAUUAAAGGUAGAAAUACUGGAAAUGUAUUUAAAAAACUGAAUUAAUUAUAUGAUGUAACAUCGAAAUGUAAUUCUAAAGUAUUUACGAGGA